AUAUUUAUAAGAGCUUAGUUCAUCACCAAAACUAAGCUCCGCCCCAGCCCCUUCCUGGCGCCGCUCCGGCCGCAAAUCACCACCGUAAUUGAGAGCAACUUCUUCCGCCACGUAUCUUGUGUGAAUAACCAACAUUAUACAUGAAUUCAGUUUUUCAUGUUUGACUGAACGUGGACCUAGUCUGUUUCAUUCGAUCGAACUGCUGCUCAAACCACUUCGGACUGGUGAUCAGUUUGACCGAUCCGAAGCUUGUUGCUGCAAUCUGACUGGUCGUUUUAGGCGUUGAAAAUGGAAGUGAUGGUGAAAAAAUUUCAGUCAAAAUUCCGAAAAGUUAAGGAAGAAAUGAAUCGGUGGGAUGAGCUUCAAUCUUGUUUAAUUUCACAGUUUAGGAAUGCUUCUCAUAUUUUAGAUAGGUUGCAGGUGCUUCAGAUGUCCAACAAUUAUGGUACUCUAAACUGUGUCAGUGGUGUGAGAGAUGCUCUUUUGGAAAAGCAGAUUGGUUCUUUGAAUAACAUUUUGGUUUCCAUGAGAAAGACUUUGGAAGAAUUUCAUUGUAUUGUUGCAUCUCUUGAAAAACUUCAUUGUGAUGGUAGGCAACUAGUUAAAGGCAGUUCUUCUCGUACAACCAUGAAACAACUGCAGCAGCGUGUUGGUGUCAAACCUAGACUUAUUGAUUGCUUGGAUGGCCUGUUGUUUCUACAUGAGAUAUAUUACUCAGAGUAUUUGUUAAAAUCAUCAGUUGUAUCAGUACUAUCAGCAAUGGCCAUAAUGCCCAGUGCUUGCGAUCUUGGUGCACUACAACAACUCUUGGAUGAUGAACCUAAUCUCCUUACUGAGGAAGUUCAAUUUUUGUUGGAUACAAUAUUUGCUGAAGAACUGUGCUGAUGUCCUCUUCUGUGCUAUACUUGGGAAUGCUUGCGCUUUUGUACAUCAAUGGAGCCUUUUAUAACUGUUCUUUAGGGAUUUUGCUUUACUUUAGAAAAUAAAAUCUUGGUAAUGUUUUUUAUUUUUAGGUGUAAAUUAUAAUAUUAGGAAUUUUAAUUUUAGAACCUAAUAUUUGAGUUGGAUUUUGUAUCUAAUUAUGAACUGGGAUUCAAAUUUUGGUUAUUGUUGUUGGGUAAUUUAAAAAGGCAUGUGUUUAGAUAAGAUGAAAAA